CUUGGCAACGCUUUGAAUUUACGAACGGACAAUCUGGCAAUGCUCUGAAUUUACGAACGGACAAUCUGGCAAUGCUUUGAAUUUACGAACGGACAAUCUGGCAAUGCUUUGAAUUUACGAACGUACAAUCUGGCAAUGCUCUGAAUUUACGAACGGACAAUCUGGCAAUGCUCUGAAUUUACGAACGCCCAGAGCGCACUCUGACACUCCUGAUUGAAUUUACGAACACACCCUACCAGACAUUCUCGCCUCAGCAACCUCCUGUGCCAGAGGCGCAAUAUCGAGAGACUUCCAGGAACAGUUGCCAAACAGACCAGGCCCGGGUUUGAGAAGUCAAUGAUAGAACUGAAAAAGUCUCCAUUAGUUCUUAAUGUUAUUACUCCAACCUCCGUGAAAGAGACGUUUUCAAAACUGUUGCCCGCCUACAGGGAAAAUAUCGGACCGCUAGUAUAGGACUAGUAAAGGCCCAAUGCACUACUUUGGUCAAGAAAAACAAAACAAAUAUUUGUUCAGAUUUUUCAGGGGUUGCUGCAGCACCCUACUUCGGCUUUACACUUUCUGAAAAUGGCUAGCUUCUAGCUAAUAAAUCAAUGUUGUUUUCCCUACCCUCAAGGAAACAUCCCACCACAUUGGCCUGAAUACAGAACCACAGACUGUAAGAGAAAGGACACAGCCCAGCGAGUUAGCAGAACCACAGACUGUAAGAGAAAGGACACAGCCCAGCGAGUUAGCAGAACCACAGACUGUAAGAGAAAGGACACAGCCCAGCGAGUUAGCAGAACCACAGACUGUAAGAGAAAGGACACAGCCCAGCGAGUUAGCAGAACCACAGACUGUAAGAGAAAGGACACAGCCCAGCGAGUUAGCAGAACCACAGACUGUAAGAGAAAGGACACAGCCCAGCGAGUUAGCAGAACCACAGACUGUAAGAGAAAGGACACAGCCCAGCGAGUUAGCAGAACCACAGACUGUAAGAGAAAGGACACAGCCCAGCGAGUUAGCAGAACCACAGACUAAGAGAAAGGACACAGCCCAGCGAGUUAGCAGAACCACAGACUAAGAGAAAGGACACAGCCCAGCGAGUUAGCAGAACCACAGACUGUAAGAGAAAGGACACAGCCCAGCGAGUUAGCAGAACCACAGACUGUAAGAGAAAGGACACAGCCCAGCGAGUUAGCAGAACCACAGACUAAGAGAAAGGACACAGCCCAGCGAGUUAGGUGACGAACUAACGCGCCAUUUCCGACAGAAUUUGAAAACUUGAGGCGCAUCUUCAACUUCGCUAGUUUCUCUGGUGUCUCGCUGUUCCAAGGUUUUGUACAAUCGGUGGUCCUUAGGUUUAGUAUGGAAUUCCAAGGCACGGAACUAAUGACUCUGGGUUCCCCAACAUCACCCAAGCCCGGCCCGGGUGCCCAGUUUCUCCCCGGAUUUUUGAUGGGGGAUCUGCCGGCACCUGUCACACCCCAGCCUCGGUCAUUUGGGGUCAUGGAUAUGAGGUCACCACUUCAAACAGGUGGCUCUACCCCUCAACCCGUGGUUCCUACACCCAAAGACAAGAGUGGGGCCCCUCCGGUCAGGAGUAUCUACGAUGACCUCUCCAGUCCUGCUGUAGGGAUGUCCCCUAUGGGCGCACAUAAACAGCCCUUCUCAAUGAUGCACACCCCACUGUCUGGUUAUAUGGCAGUUACACCAGGAACAGCAUCCAGUAUAUUUAGUCCUGCUACCAUCGGACAGCAGGCGAAGUCAACAAUGUCUCCAGCCCAAGUAGACCCUUUCUUCACUCAGGGAGAUGCACUGUCUUCCGAAGACCGUCUAGAUGAUACUUGGAUCACUGUGUUUGGGUUCCCUCCUGCCGCCGCAUCUUAUAUUCUGUUGCAGUUUGCCCAGUAUGGAAACAUAAUGAAACACGUGAUGUCCAACACUGGUAACUGGAUGCACAUUCAAUAUCAGUCUAAACUCCAAGCAAGAAAAGCACUAAGUAAAGAUGGGAAGAUUUUUGGCGAGGCUAUAAUGAUUGGUGUUAAACCAUGCAUUGAUAAGAAUGUGAUGGAGAGCUCAGACCGAGGUGCUACCUUCUCCGGCUCAGUAUUUACUCCUCCAGUCAGAAACGGAACCCCAGGCCACCAUGUCUCUACACCACGCCCCUCUAUGAGGCCCCUCAGUGCAGCCUACAAGGCCUCCAGCAGUGACUACCAGGUGGUGGCAGACGGACAGACCCCAAGGAAAGAUGAUAGUUUGGUUUCCAAAGCGAUGGAGUACAUGUUUGGCUGGUGAGAUCUUCCAAUGGCUGAACGCUUCAUGUUAAGACUGGAUGACCAACAGCAGACUUCUGUCACCACCAUAUUGUGGAGUCUGCGUUUCCGUCCCAAAUGGUACCCCGAUAGCCCGAUUUUGACCCUGGUCAAAAGUAAUGCACCACAUAGGGAAUAGGGUGCCAUUAGUGAAGCAUCCGGCGUGUUACUGAUUUUCUAACCAAGCCAUGUGGAUAUCCUCGACCCUGUGACUACAGUGCUCUAUGUGGUGAUUGAGUGGGCAGGAGUUUUGACUAGACGGACACCGGAUAUUGUACGUUCGCGUCGAGUGAAGUGUUUUUGUGCAGACAUCACGGUGCUGACCUGACAAACGCAGACCUACACAAAGUACCAUAUUUUCUUGGUUUUUCAAAAUCUUUAUUUGCCACUUGUCCUCUUGAGGAGAAUUGAAGGGCUUCUGUCAUAUGAGAUGAUGUUGAUGUGGAAUGAAUCACACACAAUGAAGACAUGGUUAUUUCACAAAUGUCCCUAUUUCCUAUGUAGUGUACUACUUUUGACCGGUGCCCAUAAGGGUCAAAAUUAGUGCAAUAUGUAAGGAAUAAGGUGCCGUUUGGGACACGUGGCCUACCUACAGUACGGUAUCUGAACUAAGCGAUGCUUUGACAAUUAGAAAUCAAGGUUGAACAUCACUAUCCUAUGUUUGGUUAGAGUGAGAUGGUGCAGGUUGUUGGUUUUUCUGCCUGGUUCGUUUAGUAAACAACGUUCAAUAUAACAGGAUCAGAGUUAAGAAUUGUGAUUUUUUUUAUAUAGAAAUGGCUUUUGUGUGCUGUCAAACAUUUACUCUUUUAAAAGAUGAUCUCACAAAGCUGUCAGUGUACCACAUUCCUUUUAUCCAUCUACUGUCUCCACUCUCUACUAUGGCUGCUGUCUCUACUCUGCUGUCUCUACUAUGGCUGCUGUCUCUACUCUGC